AUGUUCCAGAACGGCGGCCGGCUGCAGCCAGACGGAAUCGCCUUGGGACUUGACUCCGACAGCCCCAUCGUCGAUGCGCGGCAAGGAUCCCGUCGAGCUGACCAGGACCAGAGCUUCUAUGCAUCGACGAUGGCAGGCCUGCGGCCGAUGGAGGAUCUGAUGGAUACAGGGGGCUACAUGAAUAUCGACGGCAUGAACGUCGGUAUGCUGCCCAUGGACCUGGACAUGGCCAACCUCGACCCGUCCAUGACCGAUCCACACAGCUACAACACCCCCAUAACGCCGCAAGCUCCGUCGAUGCUGGAUGCCGCACGGGCCGAUCCUUCCAACGACGGCUACGGCUCCGCCCAGAACAGCAUGUCGGGCAUUGGCGCCGGUCCGCUGCCCACGGGCUUUGGCGUACAGACUUCCAACAGCCAGGGCAGCACUUUGACCGAGUUUACCAAGCGGCGCAACUGGUCGCAGCGGGUGCUCGAAGAGCUCAGAGACUUCCUCCACAUACUCACGCCAGACGGCCGCAUCCUCUACGUCUCGCCCUCGUGCCGCUUCCUGACAGGAUGGGAGCCUCACCAGCUGGUCGGCAAGUUCAUAGUCGAGUUCAUCCACCCCGACGACAGCGGCAUCUUCGUGCGCGAGUUCAACGAAUCCAUCGCCUCCGGCAACCCUCUCCGCUUCUUCCACCGUUUCAGGAAGGAAGAUGAUACCUACACUAUCUUCGAGUCUCACGGGCACCCACACAUUGGCUCUGAAGCCGCAAACUUCGGUCCCAACCCGAAUGGCUCGUCCUUCUGCCGCGGCUUCUUCAUGAUGUCGCGGCCGUACCCGACCAAGAACGCCGCCCUUCUCGACUCAUUUCUGGAGCAUAAGAUCGAGAAUGAGCGCCUAAUGAAGCGGAUAGCGGAGCUGCGGCGCGAGGAGCAGGAGGAGCAAGAAGCGCAAGAGCGACAUUGGCAGAAGAAGCAGGAAGGUCACUCCAGCGUCACGCCGUCAGAAACACAACGCACGGACGGCCGAACCGACUGCGAAGCCGUGUCUGGGCCGAUGCCAAAUUACGGCGGCAUGCCGCCUCCGUCGAAGCCCAGCAUCUCGAACACGGCGCUCACACGGCAGAACUUGGACGAAGCAUUAGCCGCUAGCAAACCGGACAGCAUCAAUGACAAGAUGGCCCGGUACGAGGGCGCGACGCAUCUCGAGACUAUCGAGAUGUUGACGGGGCUGCGGUACCGGGACGGCGAGAGGAGCCAGGGCAUCAGCACGGGGGACACUUCUCCUGUGCUCAUCAGGGGCGAUGCAGGCAUCGCGAUACUACCUGACAGAGAUACUAGGGCUAGCGGGGAGAAGAAGAAGAAGCUCAAGGUUGCGGACGAGUACGUGUGCACAGACUGCGGAACGCUCGAUAGCCCGGAAUGGAGGAAGGGUCCGAGUGGGCCGAAGACGCUGUGCAAUGCUUGUGGACUACGGUGGGCGAAGAAAGAGAAGAAAAGACAGAGUGUCGGCCAAGCGCAGAAUCCUGGAUCUAAUCCCGCGUCGAUGCCGCCGAGCGCUGCCGGCAACUGA